AUGCCGGAACGUGGCGAGGAAGCGCUGGCGGAGGGAGGAGCAGAACGACCGGUCCCGGCGGCGUCCCGGCACCGAAAUUCCGCACGCACUUCCGCCUACAACCCCCAUCGCCCCCCGCGCGCCGCUUCCGCUCUCACCCCCCACCCCUUCUCGCGAGAGCCGCGCUGCACGCCGGGAGUUGCAGUCCGCAGCGCGAGGUGGGCGCGGCGCAGCGCGCUCCCGUCCGGGGGCUGGGUUUGCCCGCGGGGGGUGAUGGGAGUUGUAGUCCAGGGGGGCGUGGAGGCCUGGCGUUCCCAGCGUGCCCCGCGCGGAGCCCGCGCUCUGCCCUGCUCGCGCCUCCGGUCUCGCGGUCCCGGGGCUCCCUCAGCACCGGGGGGGGGGGGCGGCUCCAGCAGGCCCGGGGGGGCACCGGGAGGGCUCCGGGGGGCUCCCACCAUGUCGGGAGAGGAGGAGGCCGCCGAGCUCACCAUCGCCGAGGACCUGGUGGUGACCAAGUACAAGAUGGGGGGGGACAUCGCCAACCGGGUUCUGCGUGCCGUGGUGGAGGCGGCGGCUCCCGGCGCGUCCGUGCUGUGCCUGUGCGAGAAGGGCGAUGCCAUGAUCAUGGAAGAGACGGGGAAAAUCUUCAAAAAGGAAAAGGAAAUGAAAAAAGGAAUCGCCUUCCCCACCAGUAUAUCCGUCAAUAACUGCGUGUGCCACUUCUCCCCGCUCAAGAGCGACCAGGAUUACAUCCUCAAGGACGGGGACCUGCUCAAAAUUGACCUGGGCGUGCACGUGGACGGUUUCAUCGCCAGCGUGGCGCACAGCCUGGUGCUCGGCGCCUCCAAGCCUGGCCCCAGCUGGGCGUUUCCGGCUGUGCGGCAGGCGCGGGACGCGGGGCAGAGAACGACCAUCUACAAGCGGGACCCGUCCAAGCAGUACGGGCUGAAGAUGAAAACCUCGCGCGCCUUCUUCAGCGAGGUGGAGCGGCGCUUCGACACCAUGCCCUUCACCCUGCGGUGAGGAGCCCGAGCGCGCAUGGGCGUGGUGGAGUGCGCCAAGCACGAGCUGCUGCAGCCCUUCAACGUGCUCUACGAGAAGGACGGCGAGUUCGUGGCGCAGUUCAAGUUCACGGUGCUGCUGAUGCCCAACGGGCCCAUGCGGAUCACCAGCGGCCCCUUCCAGCCCGAGCUCUACCGCUCCCACCUGGACGUGCAGGACGGCGAGCUCAAGGCCCUUCUACAAAGCUCCGCCAGCCGCAAGACCCAGAAAAAGAAGAAAAAAAAGGCUUCCAAAAACGCUGAAAACGCCACCACAGGGGAGACGGCGGAGGAGAACGAGGCGGGCGAUUGAAAAUCCUCAAAUCGUCCUUUUUUUCCCCAAAAAAAAAAUUAAAAAAUUUUAAAAAUCCCCCCAAGAAAAACCCUAAAAAAUUCCAUCUGGAAAGGAAAAAAUUCGAUGUUUUUUCAGGCAGUUUGGAAUUCCCACAACAUCCAACAGCUCCCGAGGAGGGAGGAAUUUUUUGGUCAAAAUUGAAAAAAAAAAAAUUGAAUUAAAACACCCCCAAAAAAGCAGCAAAACAAAACAAAACAAAACAAAAAAUUAGGAGUGAAAAUCACUUUAAAAUCCUAAAUAUUCCCCAUAUUUUGAGAGGUGAAUUUGGAAUAUUCAUCCUCCUGCUGCUUUUUUUUAAAAAUAUUUGUUAAUUUUUCCUUUUGGGACUUUUCACCAAAAAAAAAAAUAAAUUUAAACUCAAAUUAUUCCAUCCAGAAAAUUGAAAUAAUUCAGGAUUUUGUCUUUUUCAUCUUUAAAAAUUGGGAAAAACAUUCAAUUUUUAUAUAAAAUUUAAGUUCUUCCUCCCACCAUAACCCACCAGGAGCCUUUUUUCUGCCUUUGCCUUGAUUUCUGGGAUUUCACAAAAAAAAAUAAAAUAAAAAAAUCACUA